CCUGCCACUUUGAGAACUGUAGAGAGGGGGGAUGAAGGGAAGUAUUAAUGACGUGCUUGGAGUGAAGAAGUGCCUGGAGGAAUAAAACGCGGAGGAAUAAGCACCGGGUCCGGGUACAUGUGUUGUCCCCUUGGUAGUUUCACUUUGACACGACUCAGCUUUUGUUUGUUCUGCAUUCAUUGACUUUUCGGCGUAAAAGCGACUGAACUCCGAACGCAGCUGCUGAUUUUUGCCUGGACCGCGAGUGACAGGACUGUUCUACAUCAGAAUAUGCAUUAAAGGAACCAGCUGCAUCAUCGUAUUCUUCAUCCUUGUCACCUUACGCAGUAGAUUUCGUCUGACAUGGCCUCCUCCCCAGGGCUAGACACUGACACGUUACCUCUGCUUCAGCUCCAGGAGGUCGACUCCGGCAAAGCCUCAGAGAGGGCUGGCUCCCCAGGUCUCUUGCCCGCAGUGUACACCUCUCCUCGGGGCAUGGACAGCCACACGGUCUACAUCCCCUCUCCAUACACGGACAAUAGCCACGAGUACAACCACGGACAUGGACCACUGACCUUCUACAGCCCAUCUGUGCUGACCUAUGCCAGGCCGCCCGUCACUGAAAGUCCAUCAUCUCUGUGCACCCCCCUUAGUCCAUCAGCCUUCUGGCCUCCCCACAGCCACCCCAACAUGCCUUCACUGACUCUGCGCUGCCCACAGCCUAUCGUCUACAAUGAACCCGGCUUACAGGCCCCCUGGCUGGAGCCCAAAUCGCACAGCUUCAACGGCAGCAGAGUCUUUGGUUCUUCCUGCAGCUCCAUCCUCGGCUGUAACAAGCCGCUGGGGAAGAGAUCAGAGGAGAGAGUGGAUGGUGUGAACUCCUCCUCGUGUUCAUCUGCAGUAGGGAAAACCGACAUGCACUUCUGUGCUGUGUGUCACGACUACGCCUCGGGGUAUCACUACGGCGUGUGGUCCUGUGAGGGCUGCAAGGCUUUUUUCAAGAGGAGUAUCCAAGGGCACAAUGACUACAUCUGCCCCGCAACAAAUCAAUGCACUAUUGACAAGAACCGGCGUAAAAGCUGCCAGGCCUGCCGCCUACGUAAAUGCUACGAAGUGGGCAUGAUGAAAUGUGGUGUAAGGCGCGAACGCUGCAGUUAUCGAGGAACCCGACACCGCCGUGGUGGCCUCCAGAUUCGGGAUACCGCAGGCAGAGGUUUAGUCAGGGUGGGGCCGGGUUCACGGGCCCAGCGGCAUCUCCACCUAGAGGGUCCCCUAGCCCAAGUCGGCCCCAUCCCUCAGGUGAACUAUGUACACCAUGCAGCCAUGAGCCCAGAGGAAUUCAUCUCUCGCAUCAUGGAGGCAGAGCCUCCGGAGAUCUACCUCAUGGAGGACUUAAAGAAGCCCUUCACCGAGGCCAGCAUGAUGAUGUCCCUCACAAACCUGGCUGACAAAGAACUGGUCCUCAUGAUCAGCUGGGCUAAAAAGAUCCCUGGUUUUGUUGAGCUGAGUCUAGCUGAUCAGAUCCACCUCCUGAAGUGCUGCUGGUUGGAGAUUCUGAUGCUGGGCCUGAUGUGGAGGUCUGUGGAUCAUCCUGGAAAACUAAUCUUUUCUCCAGACUUCAAACUCAACAGCAGUAGCUCUUUCUCCUUGGAAAGGACAGGGAAACAUCCUGGAUGCAAAUCCAUCAAUUCACUCAAGGAGGAGGGACAGUGUGUGGAGGGCAUCAUGGAGAUCUUUGACAUGCUGCUCGCUGCCACCUCUCGGUUUCGUGAGCUGAAGCUUCAGCGGGAGGAGUAUGUCUGUCUAAAGGCCAUGAUCCUCCUCAACUCCAAUCUGUGUACGAACUCCCCGCAGACACCAGAGGAGCAGGAGAGCAGGAACAAGCUGUUGCGUCUGCUGGACUCUGUGAUUGAUGCUCUCGUCUGGGCCAUUUCCAAACUGGGCUUGUCGACCCAGCAGCAGACUCUGCGCCUCGGACACCUCACCAUGCUGCUCUCCCACAUCCGCCACGUCAGUAACAAAGGCAUGGACCAUCUGUCCACCAUGAAGAGGAAGAACGUGGUGCUGGUGUACGACCUCCUCUUGGAGAUGCUUGAUGCCAACACAUCCAGCAGCAGCAACCAAUCAUCAUCCUCACCGAGUUCUGACAUGUACUCUGACCAGCACCAAUACCCACAACAUCUGUCAAAUCUGCAGCCGGGAUCUGACCAGACCACCGCUGACCACAGCAAUGUAUCUGCACAUGGAGCCGCUGAAGGCCAGAUCCUGGAUGAACAGCUCCAGGCUCUGCCCCUCCAGUCCCCGCCUCUGUUCCAGAGUCACAUGGCCAUGGACAGAAAUGAUUACAUCCAUCCACAGCACUGGUCAAUGGAUACAGAAGAUGCAGCUCCAUCAGUGGAAUCAAUGCACUACAUCAUCCCUGACCGAGUUGUCAUGGAAACUGCUCUGGAAGUGGCAGGAAUUUAAGAGACAAACUGAAACUGAACCUUAAUGGUUUUUCCAUCCUCCCCAAAGAUUGAGAAAAUAAAAUGAAAAAAAGGAUAAAAACAUGAAACAAAGUGCCAUUGUGAGGUAAAGUUUUCUUUUUCUUGUUGAGAUGUUUUUAGUCUUGAAAAAAUGUUUUGGAUCGAUUGUAUAUUUUGCGUGCGUUAAUAUUUCUUGUGAAUGUGCACUACAGUUGGUGUUCUUAAGGACAUCGCUGAACCUCUGCCAGUCAGUUGGAGCUCUCUUUUGAUAAACAGUAUUUGUAUCUCGUUUUUCACCUUGAUGUAACAUCCAGAACAAUCUUCAAGCCAUCUGCAAUGACUUACAGGAAUGUGCAUGUAGUCAACACAGUGAAAAUCCAUUACCCUAAAUGGUUAAUAGUCAUGUAGCUUAUGUCAUAUAAUGGUGUUUAUUUCCUUCACUUCUACUGUAUACCUUAGUGUUCUAUCAGUGCCUGUUAGUCAAGGAUUUUUUUCUACUGUCUUGUGUCAGUGGAGUCAGAUGCAGCAGUUUGUGGCCUUUUAACAAUUGACUGUUAAUAUAAGCUGUAAUCUUUCUGUUCAUCUGGUUAAACAUAAACUGGAUUUACAUGAUACAUAAGUGGCACACAUCUGUUCUUAGUUUACACUUUACCCCAGCAAAUUGUAAAGAACAAAAUAACAAAAAUGACUCCAAAUAUUAUAGUUGGAGGCUAUAAAAUUGAACGUCUAAGGCUCAUAACAAAUAGAAAUGUAAAAUUUUACUACUGUAAAAUCUAAACAAAAGUUAUUUGCUACAUUUUAACUGGCUUACUUUGCUAUGCAAGCCAUAUUUUAACAGCAAGGGCUUGAAAGCUAAUAGCCUAUGCCAAAUUUGACAUUGGCUACUGAAUGUUAGCAUGUUUUGCAAAUUUACACUACUUGGCACUAGCAAAACAGAAAUUGUGUACAAUCUUGAGGUAUCUACUUUAAGUGCAAGGCACCUUAAAAAAAAUUAACAAUCUGACAGUAAUGACAUAUGCUAAAGUUAAAAAUAAUUUAUCCUUUAUUAAUCCCGCGAGGGGAAAUAAUAUACAUUUACAGCUAAGUCUGUGACAUGAUGUUUGUAACACUAAUGACUGAAUUAUGUCAGAUAAAGAUGUACUUUUGAGUUUGCAAGUAAAACUGAUAUGCUAAAUGUUAGCAUGCCAAUUUGUUUUGACUUGCCAGCAUUUCUAUGUAGUACAACAAGCUAACUUGCAAAAUGCAUGAUUAGCCUAGCUUUUGAACUUCUUCAAACUGCUUCAAAAAAGCUUUAUUUUUAUUUUAUUUUAUAAUAACUGAUUAGGACACGUUCAGCUAAUGCUUAAAGGCUUCAAAGGCCAUUUUUAAAGAUACUGAGCACAUUCUUCAAUGGAAUUUCAUGAAGUUUAGGGCUAUACAGUAGAGCCAGCUUCUAUAAGGUAAAAAAAUACCUUUUUAGCUUGUUUUGGUUCAGCUUGCACUUGAAGUUUAUUAGCAUAUUUCAGCCAAGUGACAGCAAAUGAAAAUAUCAUAAGUAAAUUGAUCGAUUUUAAUGCACUUCCCUGAUAUAGAUAACUCAUAAAGAGGGCGGAAAAUUAACUGUGGAGAACUCGCCUUUUCUUAUCCUUGGCUUAACAGACAUGAAGAAUAGCUGGCUAAAUCCUUAAAAACAUUAUUUAACAACAGCUGAUAUGGUGAUUUCUUUUGUUCUAGAAUCCAGGUAAAUACAUUUUAAAAAGUGGUCUAACAAGCUGCAACAGAAAAAGUUUUGGAAAAUUGGAUACAAAGCCCCUAAUGCAUCAUUUAGGUCCUCUGUUUAUGUCCACCUCCGAGCUGUGCCACUUUUCUACCAGUGUAAAUCCAACUUUAGUCCCGGAUAAUCCUACCACUGCUAAUAUACAAAUACAUGUUCACUGUCCUUUCUUUCUUGAUGUCUGUAGCUGGUAUAUGCAUGCACACACACACACAUAAACAAACACACAAACACAUCUAAAUCUGAUGCUGAAAAUAUUUCUCUUGUCUGUUUUGUACCAAACACACGUCUGCACUUGUUAAAGUUUUUGCCUGUCAGCUCUAUCCCUUACCCAAAGAUACAGUAAACAUUGAGUCACAAAUCAUUGCAAACACGGUUUAUUGUCAAUCAAAAAUGACAAACUUUACAUGCCAUUAAAAAAGUUCACAAAAUAAAUCAAACUCUACACA